CUAAAUUGGCGCGGCUUUUUGACGUACUACCCUACCAGCUUCGGUAUAGGAUUUAUAGCUACUAGUCUAAUUCCGACCGCGCUAAAGGAGCUAGAGCUAGUAAAGAUCGGCGUAUCGGCUAUAACUAGUUUAAGCGCCUCUCCGAUCUAUUUAAAUAAUAUAAAUACCUACUAUAUAAGAUCUUUAAUUAGGAUAAAAUCGGCUACUAAAUCGGCUAGAGAAAGCUACGAAAGUUUCUACCUAAGGGUAGUAUCUAUAUAG